AUGACCUGCGGUGCGCUGACGGUGAACUGGCAAGUGUGUUGUUUAUACACUCUCGAGGCCGGUUAUCUGGUGCAUCAACUCAACGAAGGGAAGGGGAUUAAAGCUGCUUUUAUUCAGAACAAAGCAAAGUGGCACAAACAUUAUGUGGAGCCGGUCGAAUUAUUUCCAACGAUCAACUUUGAAUGUGCAGGAUUUAUUACUGAUAAUUAUCAUACGGAAGAGCAAAAGAGUGAAUAUAUCGCAAAAGUUAAACAAUAUUUUAACAUUGGUCCCGAAAACGGUGCCAAGAAUAGUUUGUGUAGUGGAAACGAAACGGAAAACUUGUCGGUAACAAAAUCGAACGUUGUUACUUUAAAAGAUGUUAUCAAUCAAAAGCAAGAUAUAAGCGAUGUAGAAAGCACAUUUGAUGAUAGUGAUAAGGAUAAAGACUAUGAGCCAAGAUGUAGUACGAGCAGCGAAAGUGAUAGCGAAGUUGAACGUCAAACUGUUAGUUCAAAUACCGAAAAGAAGAGACGACGUUUAAUCAAAAAAAUUAAGAAGUUACCUUUGGCCAAUCUUGAAAGCAAAUUUAACAUCGAAGUGGUGGCUAAAAGGAAGAAAUCAAAUAACUCAAAUAUUAUGUCGACAUCAUUACAACAGGCUAAUUGUAAUACAAUUAUUACUAGUUGCGAAGAAGCUACAAUUAAAAAACAAGGCACAGAAAACAUAUUGCAAAAAGCUCACUGUUGUAAAAACACCAUCGCGCCGGAUAAUACCAGUAGCGAAAAAUGUUUGGAAAAUAUCCAGAAUCCGGCUUCUUCUAAUAACAUCGAACACUUUGAGGAACCCAACAAUAAAACAAAGAAAGUAGCAAAAAAACUUACUCGUGACCAAAAAGAGAAAAGAGAUAAAAGUAAACAUCCUCUUAGGGAAAAAUGUAAAAACCUAUGUAGAAGAAAAUGCGCUGAAUUAGAUGAAGACACGCGAACAGUUAUUUGGAAUUACUACUGGUCUAUGGAUUAUACGAGUCGCCGAAAAUGGCUUAGUAUAAACAUGUUACUUUAGUUCCAAUCAAACGCAAAUGUUCUAACUCUCAACAUAAUCAAGCAGAAUCUAGGCUAUAUUCUUUACCAAAAUUGCCUGAUAAUACAGAAA